AUGCCUGCCACUAAGCGCAAGUCCGACGCCAUGGACGUCACGCCUACGGGCAGUCCUACUAAAAAGAUGCGCUUGACACAGCGCCAAAAACAGGCGCUGAUGGACAAUCUACAACUUGAAAUCACCGAGCGGGCACGUAAGCUUCGUGCUCAAUAUGCUCUUCAAGCAAAUGACCUCCGGGCGCGCAUUGAGCGACGCGUCAAUCGGAUCCCAGUCUCGCUACGCAAGGCCAACAUCGGCGAGCUGCUCGAAAAACACAAUGCCGCCGCAAACAAACAGCACGUUGCAUCGCCUUCCCGGAAAUACUCGCCCGUCAAGGUAUCGCGUAACAUCGCAAGCAUCUCCGUGGACCCAGAAACCUCUACCACACGCGACGGUAGAGCUCGGAGGGGAAGAAUGUGUAGCCACGAUGGCCACUUCUCUGACAAAGAGAAUGCCCCUGCCGGUCGCGAGCCCGAACUCAAGAACCCCAAGCGUCGCGUGAAGCCAGCCGGACCAGGCGGAGCCUCGCGCAUGGCAUCGCAGGAAUCCAACAAUUCCCGAACAUACCCUCACUCACCCUUCCGUGCAUCUCCCGAAAAGGGUCAACCAUCAUAUCUGGCGCGCCCUACCUCCCCGUUAAAACCGUCCAGUCCGUUGCGAUCACGUGGCGCGACUGUGUCUGCAGUUAAGGACCAGCGGCCUCCAUCGCAGGCCCAGAGAACUACCACCCGCGCUGCUACAGGGCCCAAGACUAUUCGAUCACCUUUGGCGCGCCCGGCGACCCGACAGGGCGAGCGCAAGAAUAGCACAGGGUCCACGGCGUCUUCGGGUACAACAGUAACCAAGUCCACACGGACUGGUACUGGGGCGAGAAAGGCCACGGCGGCAUCUGCUGCGGCUUCCAAGAAGCCGACUGCUCGCGCGCAGGCUGCAUCAAUGGCUGUCAAGAAUACCCCCACUACUGCUUCAAUGCGCAAAACCACCGCUCCGGCUGCGACUGAAACUGCGACUCGGACUCGCGCGCUGCGCAAGCGUAUUUAG